UGGAGGAAGUGGAGGCAGGAAGCACGGAGCUGAGGAGGAACCACACGAUGAAGAAAAGACCCUGAGGUCUUUUUUUUCUGCUUUUUUUAAAAAAACCACAAUGAUCCGGAUCCUGAGCCGAGCGGCUCCUCGCGCCGCGCUGCACCACGUGCUGAAGGACGCGAGCUGCAGACUGCACAGCACAUAUGAUGUGGCUGUGGUGGGGGGAGGCAUCGUGGGUUUGGCCACAGUCAGAGAGCUCAUUGAGCGACACCCGUCCCUCAGCUUCAUCCUGGUGGAGAAAGAGAAGGAGCUCGCCGUGCACCAGAGUGGACACAACAGUGGAGUCAUUCACAGCGGGAUCUACUACACGCCGGGGUCUCUGAAGGCCCGUCUGUGUGUGCGAGGAGCCACUUUAGCCUACGAGUACUGCGACAAGAAAGGACUCCCUUACAAGAGAUGUGGAAAGCUCAUUGUGGCUGUGGAGCAGGAGGAGAUACCCAGACUGAAAGCUCUGUAUGAGCGUGGGAUGAAGAACAAUGUGCGGGACCUCAGCAUCAUCGACGGCAAGGCCAUCCGAGAGCGAGAGCCCUACUGCAGAGGUAUCAUGGCCUUGGAUUCACCGUACACCGGCAUCGUGGACUGGAGAAUGGUGGCUCUCCAGUACGGCAAAGACUUUGAGGAGGCAGGUGGCACGGUGGUGACUGAUUAUGAGGUCAAAGACAUUUCCAUGGUCAAGGAGAGCUCAGCUGGAAGUACUGAAGGAAUGAAAUAUCCGAUUGCGAUCAGAGACAAGAAGGGUAACGAGGUGCGGUGUCGUUAUGUCCUGACCUGUGGAGGUCUGUACUCAGACCGCCUGUCGCAGAUAUCUGGGUGCAGUCGGGAGCCGCGGAUCGUCCCCUUCAGAGGAGACUAUUUGGUCCUGAAACCAGAGAAACACUACUUGGUCAAAGGAAAUAUCUACCCCGUUCCUGAUCCCCAGUUCCCCUUCCUUGGAGUUCACUUCACCCCACGGAUGGACGGAAGCGUUUGGCUCGGGCCCAACGCGGUGCUUGCCUUCAAGAGGGAGGGUUACAAAGUGUACGACUUCAAUCCCAAAGACUUUGUAGAUGCACUCUCAUUCAGGGGCCUUCAGAAGCUCGUGCUGAAGAACAUACCGUAUGGGAUUGGAGAAAUGUACAGAGGCAUUUUCAUCGGUGCGCAGGUUAAAAUCCUGCAGAAGUACAUUCCUGAACUCUCACGGAGUGAUGUUCUCAGGGGCCCCUCAGGAGUCCGAGCUCAAGCCCUUGACCGGGCCGGCAACCUUGUGGACGACUUCGUGUUUGAUGGCGGCGUUGGGGACGUGGGCAGCCGGGUGCUCCACGUGCGUAACGCUCCCUCUCCAGCGGCCACCUCCUCCCUCGCCAUCGCUGAGAUGGUCGCAGACGAGGUGGACAGCCGCUUCUCGCUGUAGAGAAGUUUGGUGAUCGCUAGAAGGACAACAGCAAAACCAAAAACUGCAGCGUGAAACUGACAUGUUUAACUGUCACUACAUCAGCAGCAAUGUGAUGUUUUUAUAACAAGUUAAGCCUUAAUUAAGGGUCAUGUGACAUGAGAUAUCUGUGACUUAAUUAUAUUUUCUGACUGUUUUUACUUAAACUUCCUCAGGUUGUAUAAUAUGUCUAUUCCACCACGUUUUAAAGUAAAUGUCCAUUUUUCUCAACUACCUUUCUGCCAGAGUGACUGUAAGUGAAAGUGAAAGGUUUUUAAGCUCUAAUGAAUGGAUCAUCAGUUUGGAACUUUAGAAUAGGAAUAAUUUAACCACACAAACAUGUUUAAAUCAAUGUGAACAUAACUUUUUGGGGAAAAUUACCACUUUCUUGUCUGGUUGUGUUUCUCAGCUUCUCAGUCUAUGAAAACAGUUUAUUUCUGUCGUUUGAGUAUUGCACACCCUACAGUUAAAUGAGCUUCUCUCCUAAUUGCUAUAAAUCAAUUCUGAUACAGUUUUAGGCAAAGAAAAUGAAUUAUACUGCAAACAAAAAUAUUUAAAACAAUUUUUUAACCAUCCCUUAUGAGAUAUUACAUAUAUUUCUAACUCAUUUUGGAAUGAAACGCACAGUUUAUAUAGAAAGACUGUAAAAAAUGUUUUACCUUAUUUCGCAUGAUUGUCAGAGUAUUUUUUUUUUUUUUACCAAAUGUGUGUAUUUUUGUAAAGCAAAUGCACAAAUGUUUGAGAUUCAAGCCAUGAAAUGUUGAAAUACCAUCUUGUUAUAUUAUUAUUGUAUAUUGAUCUAAGUCACUUCUUUUAUUAUCAGAAACGACACAGAGAUGUUAUGUGCGUAUUCCCACGCAAACAACGAAAGGAAAAUAGCAGUGAAGUUGUUUUUUGUUCUCCAGAUGUGACCUGUUUGGUUUCAGCAGCUGUUCACUUCAGGCACUUGUACAGUUUGACCACGCGGAGGCAGAAUCGAACAGAAACAUCACGAACGAGCUCAAAAUGUGUAUAAACUACACGUUGCUGCCUAAACCACCUAUUGUGUUUGAUCACUGCCACACAAUAAAGUGUCUGUCCUUCGCUUUAA